AUGGAGAAGCAGGCACCAGAACGCCUAGCUCCAGGAGAAGGAUUGGAGGGAACAAGAAGAGACAAUUUUGCUAUUCAUUCUGGGGCUAUCAGGGAACUACCUCGCUGGGUGGCGGCACGACAGGAGGGCAUCCCUCACCAUCUAGAAUCUCAGUGGCAGGAUUUCCUGAAGACCAUUCAGUCCCCUUCUGUGGGAUGGGGAAACCCACAGCUGCCAGAACUGGCCUCCUGGGAUGACCUGGUGCAUUUUGAGAGAGUGUUUGGUGCCUGCCAUUGGCCUAGAGGAGAGGGGGUGGCCCAGCUCAUGCCGGCCUUCAGUGUGGAAACCCAGCAAGCCUUCAGCAACCUGACUCCUAGAGACAAAGCAGACUACGGGAAAGUAAAAGCUGCCUUCCUGCAAGGAAACGCCACCAGCACAGAGAUCCAUCGCCAGCGCUUCAGGAAGUUCUGCUACCAGGAGGCCGAGGGGCCUCGUGAGGUUUGCAACCGACUGAGGGAACUCUGCCACUGCUGGCUUGAGCCGGAGAGUCGAACAAAGGAGCAGGUCGUAGAGCUGCUGAUCUUAGAGCAGUUCUUGAACAUCCUGCCUCAGGAAAUCCAGAGCCAGGUCAGGGAACGCAGCCCUGAGACCUGCGCCCAAGCAGUGGCCCUGGCUGAAGGUUUCAUUCUGAGGCGGCAGGAAGGCGAACAGCCAGAGGAGCAGAGGCCCGAGUCAUUCCAAGGCGUAGCUGUGGAAUUUUCUGAAGCACAGAGAGCUCCGUUGGAUGCCAGGCAGAGGCCACUUGGCAGAGAGGCCAGGAAGCAAGAUAACUGCAGCACCAGUUCUUUGGGAACCAAGAUUGCAAAUAAAACCGAGGAGAAGUUUGAACCUCAAGAGUCCAGGGAAGAGGAGGUUACUGCAGCACCAGAGGGAACUCAGAGGAGAGAGAAGUCUCACCUCUGUAUCGAGUGUGGGAAAAGCUUUACCCGUCCGUCAGACUUGGCGAAACACCUGAAUGUCCACACAGGGGAGAAGCCCUACCUGUGUGUCGAGUGUGGGAAAAGCUUUAGUCAGCUCUCUCAUCUUACCAGACAUCAGAAAAUCCACUCGGGGGAAAAACCUCACAUCUGCUCAGAGUGUGGGGAUACAUUCAGCCAACGAGCAUAUCUUGUCAGUCAUCAGAGAAGCCAUUCUGGAGAGCAGCCGUACCGUUGUUCAUACUGCCAGAAGUGCUUCAGCCAUCAGUCCGCUCUCAAGAUACAUGAGCGGAACCACAUGGGCCAGAAACCCUACGCCUGUGUGGACUGUGGGAAGCGCUUUGUGUCGUCUUCCUCUCUCACAACCCACAGGAGAAUCCACACAGGAGAGAAGCCUCAUGCCUGCGGUGUGUGCGGGAAACGAUUCAUCCAGCAUUCUAAUCUCGUAUCACACCAGCGAACCCACUCAGGGGAAAAGCCAUUCUCCUGUAAGGUGUGCGGGAGGAGAUUCGCUUAUCCUUCUGAUCUUACAAGACACCAAAAAAUCCACACAGGAGAAAAGCCCUACCCUUGUGACGAGUGCGAGAGACGAUUCACCAGGCUCUCCGACCUUAUUACACACCAGCGAAUCCACACAGGAGAAAAACCAUACCGCUGCCUCGAGUGCGGUAGGAGGUUCCGCCAGAGGGGAGUACUGGUGAAACACCAGAAGUGCCAUUCAAAAGAGAAUCCAAAAGGAGGCGAAACUGUCCGGCCCACAGAGUCACCGACGGACAGUGAAUUCAAAGCUCGUGAGAUAAAGCAGGAGAAAGACAAUUUAGAAAACCUGGCAGAUCCCAGCUUGAUCCCUUUCCCCAGCUCCUGACC